AUGUCAAGAGAGCCCAAACUCCCGAGCUCUAGAGCGACACGUUGGAAGCAGGCUCCGUGGCUGCUCCACCUGUUUCGUCGCUCCUCAGUUCAGCCAGAUGCUGUGGCUCACCACCGCCUGACCCCGAUGGCCUCCACGAUACAGAUGAGACGUCAGUGGGCCGGCGUUCUGCUGCUACUACGGGAGCUUCCGCUGGUCAAGCUUACGCCGGACGACGUCGUGCACAGUACCGCGCUGAAAACGCUCGUUCAAAACCAUCGUUGGGAGCAGGCAAAGUGUGUGCUCGGACGGAUCUUGUCAGAUGGAUCUGAGAUCGAUGCUGCCGCUCUGACUACAUCAGGUUGUGCCGCUGAUGUGGGCGAGAGGUGGAGAGCUGCAGCUGAACUGUUCGCGCGCAUGCAAAAGCACCGGCUGCGGAUCGAUUCUGUGGUAGGGUGUGUCGCAGUUUCUGCGAGCCAUUGGGAACAAGCUUCGUGUCUGUUGAUGACGCUGGAUUUUCAUUCGGUGGAAUCCAAUCUUCAAGUUUGCAACGCCGCCGCGGUGACGCUUGAUCGUGUCAAGCAGUGGCAGAGAGUGGUCGCUUUCACCUCCUGGCCGGGCAGGGCUGUUUGUGACGACCUCACACUUGCAUCUGUGGUGCGUGCUCACAGUGAGCGCAGUUGGCAUCGGACGUUGGCGAUUUUGGCUUUGUGCCAUUCGUCUGGGACAAGAUGCCUUCCUGCCGUCCUCGAUUCCUGCGCUGCAGCACGAGAGUGGCCCAAGUCCUUGAUGCUCUUGUCACGAUGGCGGGGGAUAUCAAUGCGCAUCGAUGGGGCAACACGGAAUGGUAUUCUCCUUGCAGCCAAUCCGAACAACUGGAUACACACGUUGAGUGGGUUGCAACGGUUGGCGACGCAAGGCAGCGAAUACAACCUUAUACACUUCGUCGCGGCAGAGGCUGUAAUGGAUGACUGCGGAGCAUGGUUCGAAAGCCUGGAGCUAUAUCGCAGCUCAGUGCAGAUGUCUCUAGGCCCCACGUUGGAAACUUGCAGCCUCGCUUUGCGUGCAUGCAGCCGAUCUCGCGCGUGGCAGCAAGCUCUCUGGAUUCUUGCCGAGGCCGAAAGCAGUAGAGUCAAGCUGGACAGCAUCGUUCUCAACACUCUGAUCACCACCUUGGACUCCGAGAACUGGAGAAGGGCCCUGGACCUUUUCUCAUCACGCAACAGCCAGUUGAAUUCGGUGUCGCACAGGGCCACGAUGCGGGCCUUGUCAAGUGUCGCCUCUGCGAACGGUGAAAUCUGGCAGCUGGCUGCGAAGAUCUUCCGAAAUCUGGGCAAGGUCAGACUGAGCAUCGACUCGGCAUCGUGUGUAGCAGCCAUUGAGGCUUUCGGCUGCAACCAACAGUGGAGACAGGUCGGUGUCUUGCUCAGCAACCAAGCGAACAGCAAUGUCCUCACCGAUGUGCCGAUGCGAAAUGCCUUCGUGACAUGCUGCACCCGGGCUUCACAUUGGAACCACGCCCUUUCGCUCUUCUAUGCUUCAGGUCUCGGGCUUAUGCCUGACAUCGUCUCGUACGGUGCCGCGAUCUCUGCCUGCGAAGCCUCUAGCAGCUGGCAUUCUGCAUUGGCUUUGCACAUGCACAUGCUCAUGCAGAGGCUCCAAGUCUCAACUAUUGCACAGGGUGCCCUGAUGAACUCAAUCGGCUCGGAAUCGAAGUGGCAAUUGACGUUGCUUUGCAUGGCAGAGCUAGACCACCAGAAGAUGGCUCAUAACGGUGCCUUCAGUGCUUGCGAGAGAGUCAGCUGCUGGCAUCAAGCCUUGCAGCUCCUGCAGGGGCUGUCGCUGAGACACCUCCAGGUCGAGGCUUCGAGCUUCAACUCGGUGGUCAGUUCUUGCGGGAAAGCGAGUGGAAAGUGGGAGACCGCCCUUGAGGUUCUAAGAUCCAUGCCCUUGCGCAUGGCAACACCCGAUCUUUUGACCUAUGACUCGGCCAUGAUGACUUGUAUAAGGUGUGGCGAGACCCAGGCAGCCUUGGACACGCUUUCUGAGCAUGAAGGCCUCCGUUCACCGCUAUCCUAUCUGUGGUCCUUAUCUGCGAUGUGUGCAUCAGAUCCCGCUGUUGUCGAAAGGGCGUGCGUCAAUGCUGGAGAUGUCGCAAGCUGGCAGGAAGCAGCAGAUUCUGCAUUAUUUCUGUACUCAACAGCUCUACUGGGAGCGCGCGGCCAAAUCCAUACCGCAGCUGCACGGCACGCCUUGGAGAGGAUGCGAUCGCUGAGCCUAGACAUGUUGGUGAUGUGCUGUUGGGGUGCCAUUGGAUUGCAUGGAUCGGAAAAACUUAUGGCGGCAUCAGUGGCACGUGCCCAACAGUUGUUGGCAUUUGUUGGCCGCACGACGAGCUUGCACACCUACGACUUUGAAAAGUCUGGAAUCAAGCUCUUGGGUGUCGUUUUUGCUUGUCGGCUGUCGGGGUGCCUGCCUGCUCGCUUCUACGCAUCUGUUCGACGGCUUCUUCUCCAGGUUGGACAGGAUUUGGACGCCAGAGCUAGUGCUGGUAGAGAUAACGUGCGGCUUAUCCCUCCGAGGGCCGAGAAAGUACCGAGGGACUCGAGGCCUUCGGUUCUCGUAGAUCUGCUGGAUCGGGCGGCGAUGUACAAGCCGAGAGCUUGGGAGGUUUAUGGCGGCCACUCCCGGCUUCAGCUCGUUGCCUUGGCCGUUGAUCGCUACGGUGAUCGGCCAAUCUUCCGCGAUGAAAAACAUCACUUCGGCUUUCUGCAUCGGCUCGAUGUCCCCAGCUCAGGCCUGGUCGUCGUCUCGAAAACCUUCGAGGCCUUCUAUGACUUACAGCUGCAGCUUCAUGCCGGCAAAGUGUGCCGGGACUACGAGGUUUUGUGUCAUGGAUGGCUCCCCCCAAGGGCUGAGUUCACGGCGAGGAUCUUCUGGCACGGCGAUGGGCCUAGCAUUUCAGGUGGACGCGGAAGACCAAGCAGUACACUCAUGUUGCUGUGCCGCCACUGCUUGCAUUGCUUGGGAGCUCUUAGCAGUGUUUCGCUCCGCCUCCGCACAGGAAGGAAGCAUCAGAUACGAAGCCAUCUGGCACAUGUUGGGUCCCCAGUGGUAGGGGACGAGGUGUAUCAGACAGCUGCCACCUACCGGGCUGACUCCGAACAUUACACUGGCAACUGGCUUCACCGCAACAAGAUUUCUUUCCAAAGCUCAUCCGGCAAGCAUUGCGAGGUGCAGUGCCCGCUGCCACCAGAUUUAUCCACACUGCUGUCUCAAGUCCGCUGUCUUCGAAGUUGGAUGCAGACAUGCAAAUCGAGCAGCCGGGCCCGUGCCACGGGAUAG